AGGGUUUAGUCGAAUUUAUAAUUUUCCCUCCAAAAUGGAUUCCGACACCGACUCCGACGGUUCUCACAUCUCCGCCACUCCACCUCCGCCUUCUCCUCCACCGCCACCUCCACCACGACCUUUACCUUCUUCUCACAAAUCCAAAACCAAACUCAAAUCCAACUCCACUUCAAAAAAACCACCUCCUAAACCGGAACCUGUACCAGAACCGGAACCCGAACCAUACAUUUCACCGGUCUCCACCUUCCCGUUCCAAAUCCGUCACCGUUUCGUUCAAAACCAUAGUUCUUCUCCGCUUUCCAUUGAAACCCUACCCGCCGGUUACUUCUCAAAAUCAGCCUCGUUCACAAAAUUAAAAAAAUCGUCUCUCAAUUUCGAGCCAAUCGAAAACAAUCCUGGCCGUUCAUCGUCUUCCGAUUGUGUUAAUCAAGAAGUUAAAGCCAGCAGUCUCUUAAAGAAGAAGCAUCAUCUCAAUUUAAUCGGAGGUAGCGCGCCGUUACCGCCGCCGGCAAAGCUGCGGAAAUGCAGUAACGGCAGUGAAGGUAAUUUCGUCAAACUUAACAUCAAUCGAAAUUUUAAUAACCGUAAGUUUAUGAACAAGAAGAGAACCACAACUAGGUCAUCUUAUAGAAGAAAAAGUUAUAAAAAAAGGAAUGAUAAAAAUGGCGGCGGUGAUGAUGAGGAGGGCGAAUUGGUCUCGAGAAUUAUACGUGGAGAACAGGAGGCGGUGAAGGAGGGCGAUAAGGCGGUUGAUGAGUCGGUUUCUGCUGUGAGAAAUGAGGGUUCGGAUGAGAAUUUGGUGAAAUUGUUGAAUGUGAUGUAUGGUUAUGAUUCGUUUAGAGAGGGGCAAUUGGAAGCUAUUAGAAUGGUACUUGAUGGGAAGUCUACCAUGUUGGUUUUACCGACGGGUGCUGGUAAAUCUCUUUGUUAUCAGAUACCGGCUGUUAUUUUGGAGGGGAUUACGUUGGUUGUGAGUCCAUUAGUAGCUUUAAUGAUUGAUCAGUUUAAACAUCUGCCUAGCGCCAUACGUGGUGGUCUUUUGUGCAGUAGUCAGACUGCCGAAGAGGCUGCUGAGACCCUCAGGUUAGUCCAAGAAGGCACCAUAAAGGUGCUUUUUGUUUCACCGGAGAGGUUUUUAAAUACUGAAUUCUUGUCGUUUCUUUCUGCCACUUGUGUAUCACUUCUUGUUGUAGAUGAAGCUCAUUGUAUUUCAGAAUGGUCUCAUAAUUUCCGGCCCUCAUACAUGCGGCUCAGGGCAUCUUUACUUUGUUCUAGUCUCAAAGUUGGAUGCAUUCUAGCAAUGACUGCAACUGCCACUACCACAACUUUAAAUUUUGUCAUGUCUUCAUUAGAUAUUCCUUCCUCCAAUCUUGUUCAAAACUCUCAGUUGAGGGAUAACCUAAAAUUAUCUGUUUCUUUGAGUGGAAAUAGAAUGAAAGAUUUGCUGAUGUUGAUCAAGUCUUCACAGUUUAAGGAGGUCAAGAGUAUCAUUGUGUAUUGCAAAUUUCAGUUUGAAACUGAUAUAGUAAGCAGAUAUUUAUGUGAUAACAAUAUAUGUGCAAAGAGCUACCACAGUGCUAUUCCUUCUAGGGAACGUGCUCGUACACAGGAAUUAUUCUGCUCUAACAAGAUUAGCGUGGUUGUCGCAACAGUAGCAUUUGGCAUGGGGCUUGACAAAAGAGAUGUUGGAGCUGUAAUUCAUUAUAGUCUGCCAGAAAGCUUGGAAGAGUAUGUUCAGGAGACCGGACGUGCUGGACGGAAUGGAAAAUUGUCCUACUGCCAUCUCUUUUUUGAUGAUUCCACUUACUACAAGCUUCGAAGUCUUAUGCACAGUGAUGGGAUAGAUGAAUAUACUGUAAGCAAGUUUCUAACUGCAGUGUUUACCAACUGCACAUGUGGGACUAUUUGUUCAAUAAUUAAAGAUUCUGCAUCUCGAACAUUUGAUAUGAAAGAAGAGGUAAUGGUUACACUUUUAACACAGUUGGAGUUAGGUGAAGUGCAGUACUUGCGUCUACUGCCAGAGCUAAAUGUAACUUGCACUUUGAAUUUCUAUAAGACUGCCCCAGGGCUGCUGGCUGACAAGGAUAUAGUUGUUUCAGCAAUUCUGAAGAAGUCUGAAUCAAAGCAAGGGCAAUAUGUGUUCGACAUACCUACUGUUGCGAACAGUAUCGGGGUUACAACUGCUGAACUAUCAAAUCACUUGCAGAAUCUAAAGUUGAAGGGAGAAGUAACGUACGAGGCUAAGGAUCCGGCUUUUUGUUAUUCAAUUGUGGAAGUUCCUGGGGAUUUUUGCUCUCUCUCAUCCCAUCUUACAAGAUGGUUAUCAGAGAUUGAAUGUCUUAAGGUCAGAAAGUUAGAUGCAAUGUACAAUGCUGCAGUUUUUUCUAUAAACAAGUGUGACAAGAUGCAAGGUUGCAGUGAUGCCGACCAUACACCUUGUUUGCAGAGAAAGAUUUUGGAUUACUUCAAAGAUGAUAGUGGAUGUGAUAUCUCAAAUAAGAUGCGUCAAAGUAGCCCAUAUUUGCGAGCAGAUAUAAAGGUUUUUCUGCAGAGCAACUCACAUGUUAAAUUUACCCCCAGAUCCAUAGCAAGGAUAAUGCAUGGCAUUCCUAGCCCAGCCUAUCCAUCUGCAACUUGGUCAAAAACUCAUUUCUGGGGAAGGUAUAGUGAGGUAGACUUCCAAGUCCUUAUAGAAGCUGCACAGAUGGAAUUAAUGAAAUCUGCUGGAAAAGAAGCAACCUAACGUUUGAAUUCUCGAUAUGCUGUCGUAUAAAACUAUAGGAGGCAUAAUAAUUGAAGGGCGUGUCAUAAUUGGAACUCUCAUUGGUUAAUCAAAGGCAUUGCUCUUGCUCUUGCUGAGCAGAUUUCUUUUAGAUUAUGAGAAGCAGAACUUAAUUUGUUUCCAUGCAGAGCUUUAUUGACGGUGAAUUGGUGAUUAGAAUUGCAAUUUACAGAAGGAGAAUAAAUCAAGUAAGCAUGCUUUAAAUUAUUGCAGAGUUAUGCUCAUUUGGAUUUUCAAGUGAUCAUGGAGGAAGCUGCAAAGACCGACAGGUUAAUGAUUUUUGAAACAUCAAGUUCUUGAUUGAAAAAUCAAGCAAUUAAGGUUUUCGAUAGUAAGAUUAGUGUAUUUAUUGUCGUAUUAGUGGUAUGAUUAGUUUAUUGGUUGGGUAAGUUGAUAAUGACGUGAAGCUGAAGGAAUCUGGAUUAUGCUUAGGUUUCUUUUAUUUAGUAAAUCAUAUCUUAUAAAAUUAGGUCAAAAAUAACUCAAUAGAGACUGAAUUCAACUUGUUUAAUUGCUCUGUACCGUACGCAAGGUGAUGUCGUGACUUGUGAAAAAACUUGAAACUUAUGAGAGAUUCUUUUAUUUCUCAAUAUCAAAUGGAAAAAUAGCUAGUCAAACCUUAAAAUUUUA